GGACAUUCGUUCAACAUGUCCCCGCUCGUUCGCAUCGCAAUCGUCGUUAUUUUCAACCUCCAUUCAACCAGCAGCAACAUUUACAACCACACGCAAAUAGACUUGAGCAAAUGCCAAACGUACUACUCGCGCUCGGGCACCGUCUACAGGGACUUCUUCUCCAUCGAAGACCUCACCACGAAGAACUCCACGCUACUGUUGGACUUCCACUUCUCGGUGAUCGCUUCCAGCGACGCGCACGUCCUCCUGGCGCCCUCCGAGACCGUGACAAAAACCGAUCCGGUGUACGAGAUCGUCUUCGGAGCCGGCGGAAACUCCUUCUGCGAUAUCAGGAGGCGGCAGAAGUCCAUAGUAAAAGCCACGAUUAAAAUAAAAGGGUUGCUCAGCGGGUUGGAUCCUCGCUCGUUUUGGAUACACGUCACCAAAGAUGGCGAGAUUAGCAUAGGUAAAGAAAACGAGGAAGUACCUAUAUUAUCUUGGACGGAUUCGGAUCCUCUUCCGCUGAAAGUCAUCAGCUUCAGCACCUGGUCGGGCAUAGAAGCCAAGUGGUACUUCGAUUGCGACAUAAACGAUACAACAGAAAUCCAGAAACCGAUGACGCACGUGGAGAAGCUCCGGAGGGAUUUGCUCGGCGGAUACGAUCCCUACGUGAGACCGGUGAAGAACAUUUCCACCAUGACAAAUGUCUCUAUGGUGUUGAAAAUCGACCACGCUAGCUUGAACGAACACAAAGCGAUUAUGGAGUUGCUGGGAGUUACUGUUUUGGUUUGGAAUGACGAGAAGUUGCUGUGGGAUCCUGAUCAAUACGGAGGAAUUACCGCCUUGCAUAUAUUCAGAAGAGAAAUCUGGCAACCGGAUUUAGUUCUAUACAAUGCCGUGGGAGACGUUCGAGAUUUGGUGGAGGACACGAUGAUGUUGGUGAAUUUCAUGGGUAAAGUGGAGUGGCAAUCGAAGGUGAAAUUAAAGGUGUUUUGCGAUAGCAAAGACAUGGGCGCCUGGCCCAAGGACAAUCAUACUUGCAAAGUGAUCCUGGGCUUCAUGAGGGACCUGGCGAAUUUGCAGUUGAAUUUCAGGGAAAACGAAAGUUCUUUGAUUCUGGACGAUAAUUCGGAAUGGAUGAUCCUGGAUGUGGGUGUUGCAUUUUCGUCUUACAGCAAUGUCUCACAAUUGCCGAUUUUCGAAAUGGUCUUUACGCUGCAAAGAAAUUCGAACGUUUAUGACUUGUUGUUUUUCACACCGUUUGUUUUUAUAUCUCUAUCAACUUUGGUUAGUUUCUGGGUAGAUCCUUUCGGAAAACUCAAAAUAUCAAUCGGAAGUUUACAGUUACUCCUUUGUACAAUCAUGCUGGUAGUUUUUGGAAUGAUAACGCCUCAUCACGUGAAUAAAGUACCAUUUUUAGUAUCAGUCUACGCUUACAGCAUGAUUGCCGUUUUAAUUUCCAUAAUAAUAGCAGUGUUGGUGAUAAACCUGUCGAGAAACCAUCACCAAAGGAGUGUUCCUCGAUUAAUUAACUAUGUAUUGUCCAGUAGAAUUCUAAAAGCGUGUCUGCUCUUGAAGACGCCUUAUAAGCACGGAAAUUUGAAUGAAGACACGGAACAAAAUCAAGCCACGUGGAUUUUGUUAGGAAUAGUACUAGAUAGAUUAGCUUUUUUGUUGUAUUUGGGGUUAACUAUUUAUGUGGUUGUCUCGAAGGUGAUGUGUUGAUUAAUUUUUAUUUCGAAAAGAAUGUAUAACUCUCUUUUUAAAUUGAUAACUUUUGUAUUAUUUUAUAAAUAAAUACGUACAUAAAAAUUUGACUAGUCGGUAUUAACAUUGUAAUAUGUUAGUGUACAAAAUUAAAUUACCUAGUUUCUAAGUACUGUUUGGCUCCAUUUACAUAAAUUUUAUUAUUAUUGUUACAAACUUAUAUAAUUUUAAUACGUUUAAAAUUCCACCUAAAUACAGCGCUUGUAAUAAAUGUAUGUUUUCUUACCUCGUACAAAUACAUUUAAAUAGCACCAAUACAUUUUACUAUUGUCUAAAUGUAUAUAUAAAUUUUAUUAAAAGUUUACUUAUAUUAGCUACAUUUAC